AUGCAGGAGUACGUGAUGAACUUUUUGAAUGCAGUGGAGGAAAGAUUCUUGUGUAUCUGCUGUCAAGAACUUGUGGUGAAACCAGUUACUACAGAGUGUAAACACAAUGUUUGUCAGGCAUGCUUGCAGAGAUCUUUCAAAGCUGAAGUCUUUUCAUGUCCAGCAUGUAGAUACGAUUUAGAUGUUUGUAUUGAAAAAGUACUAAUGUCUUUGUAUUCACCAUCAAGUUCUUUCAGCAUUCCCAGACAUAUUUUAAAACACAUUGAAAUUAACAUGGGAAGUAUUGACCGAGUCUUCCCGCUAUGCUACUUUAACCUCUAA